AUGGCUCUUGAAAUGGAUAAUAAAAGCGCUUUACCUGCCAUGCAUCCAGAAGAACUUAGGGAAAGCAAAGCUAAAAAGAGCUCGGAUAAUAGACUGGAGAAGAGUAAAUAUAAAACCCAAUCUCAUGAUGUUCUAGUCACUAACAAUGCCAGCAAACGCAUAUCUCACAUUCCAAACAUGUUUCAAAAGUUCUUCAUUGGCAAAAUUCCCUUGCAAAUCCUCCACGGUCCGAGGGCCACAAGUGUGGAGUCAAUCGGAUCCACUCUCACCUCCAAAGUAUCGAAAGCGAAGUUGGCGGCAAGAUCAGAAGAGCCGCCUCCAUUUCCGAAUCCGCGUCCUCUACGCUUGGGCCCCAAUGCAUUUCUUUACGUGUUCCCGCUCUUCGUGGGGAUAAAAUGUCACGUCACUCUUCACCACGUCGCCUUACGAAAAUCUUUAAUUCAAAGCCGUUUGGCUACCACCACUCAUAGGAAUUAUGAAAUGAAGUGUCAACCACUAAGAGACCAAAUGAUGGAUAGAACCUAUUCGUGGCCGUAUACGUGUUAUGCUCGACCCAACGAAAGAGAGUCAGAGACAAUUGACGAGUUUUUUGGGAAUGACACAAUGAAUGAUGAAGAGUUGAGACAGAGGACGAGGAUUCGGAAACGGAAGAAGCUCAUCCGACAUUGCCGCCUAUUGUGGAGUGUCAACCUAUGUGAGCCUAAGAAUGGAGAUGAUGAACAAGCUCGAGGAAUAGCACUGACUACGGGGGUCGGACUUUGGGUGUCGGGAGGAGCUCGAGGAUAUGGCCGAAAAUCAGCGGUGAGAGCUCAGAGUGGCCGGAAAUAUAGCUUGAUUCGCCGGAGAACUGAGGAACCGAGGUCAAGGCCCGUCGAGUUUCAGCUGCUGAGCUUGCUUCGCUGGAAAUCGCGAAGUGCGUCACCGGUCGGAUGUUGGGCUGAUUAG